AUGGCGAGGACUGCGCGAGUGAGCAGGAAGACGAAGGAGACGGACGUGGAGGUGGAGCUGAACCUCGAUGGCACCGGCAAGAGCGACAUCAGCACAGGCAUCGGCUUCCUCGACCACAUGUUCACCGCCAUGUCCAAGCACGGCAGGAUCGACCUCACGCUCAAAUGCAAGGGCGACCUCCACAUCGACGACCAUCACACAGCAGAGGACUGUGCGCUGACAGUGGGAGAAGCCUUCGACAAGGCCCUCGGGGACAGGAAGGACAUCAAGAGGUUCGGGCACGCCUACUGCCCCCUCGACGAGGCUCUCUCGCGCGCCGUCGUCGACAUCUCCUCGAGGCCCUCGGCGCACAUCGAGCUCAACCUGGUGAGGGAGAAGAUCGGAGAGCUCUCGUGCGAGAUGAUCCCCCACGUCAUGGAGUCGUUCGCGACCGAGGCGAGGAUCACCCUGCAUGUCGACAACCUCAAGGGCAAGAACGACCAUCACAAGGCUGAAUCCGCCUUCAAGGCCCUCGGCGUCGCCCUCCGUCAGGCGAUCAGUGCAGACUCAGGCGCUGGCGUUCCCAGCACCAAGGGUGUUCUGCAGUGA